AAAAAUUACCUCAACUGAAAUCGAGAAACUAACGAGCAAAUAUCAGGGGAUAGAGACGCAUAUUGUUUUAGAGAGAGAAAGUGUGAGGCCGGCUUAUUCCGUGAUACGUCCGGAAUACCGAAUAAUCUUCGAUCGUGUUUAUGUUCAUCGGUAGAUUAUCCAUCUCUUUUUGGUAGCAUCUUUGGUGAGAGAGAUGGUGAAUUCCAUGGUGGAACGAGCCACGAGCGACAUGCUUAUCGGCCCUGAUUGGGCUAUGAACCUCGAGAUCUGUGACAUGCUGAAUCGUGACCCUACGCAAGCAAAGGAUGUUGUUAAAGGUAUAAAGAAGAAGAUUGGAAGUAAGAAUUCAAAAGUUCAACUUCUUGCACUAACACUACUGGAGACGAUUAUAAAAAAUUGUGGGGACAUAGUUCACAUGCAUGUUGCAGAGAGAGAUGUUCUUCAUGAGAUGGUGAGAAUAGCCAAAAGAGGGUAUCCUGAUAUUCAUGUCAGAGACAAGAUACUCAUUCUGAUAGAUACUUGGCAAGAGGCAUUUGGUGGACCAAGGGCAAGAUAUCCUCAGUACUAUGCUGCAUACCAAGAACUGCUGCGCGCAGGGGCAGUAUUCCCUCAGAGGUCUGAGCAAUCUGUGCCUGUAUUCACACCUCCACAAACACAAACAUUGGCAUCAUAUCCUCAAAAUCUUCGCAAUUCUGAUUUUCGGCAGGACACGGCUGAGUCUUCUGCAGGACAUGAUUUUCCAACCUUAAGCUUGACGGAAAUUCAGAAUGCACGUGGCAUUAUGGAUGUACUUGCAGAAAUGCUGAAUGCUUUAGACCCUAGUAACAAGGAAGGGCUUAGGCAGGAGGUUAUUGUUGAUUUGGUGGAACAGUGUCAAACAUAUAAACAGAGAGUGGUUCAACUGGUCAACUCAACUUUCGAUGAAUCACUGCUGUGCCAAGGACUAGCUCUGAAUGAUGAUUUGCAGCGUUUACUGUCCAAGCAUGAAGCCAUUGCUUCAGGAAUUUCGGCACAAAAUCAACCAGAGAAAUUGAAUCGAGAUCAACCGGAGAAAUUGAAGGCUUCUCCUGCUGGAGCACUUGUUGAUUUAGACGGACCUUUGGUUGAUACGGGAAAUUCUAGCAAACAAACUGAUGUGAAAUCUGCUUCUAGUGCUGAAGCAGGGUCGCAAACAUUGAAUCAGUUAUUGCUUCCUGCACCCCCUACAUCAAAUGGGUCAGUUCUCCCCGCAAAGGCUGGUCCCACUAUUGACUUGCUCAGUGGUGAUGAUUAUAACUCACCAAAGGCUGACACUUCACUUGCGCUUGUGCCUGUUGGAGAUCAGCAGCCAGCCAGUCCUUUGUCGCAGCAGAACGCCCUUGUGCUUUUUGAUAUGUUUUCGAAUGGCAAUAAUGCACCAACUUCUGUUAAUGCCCACCCAGUGCAGUCAACCAAUGUUAACGGCCCAGUUAGUCCAUUAGCUCCCCAAGUUCAACAGCAACAAACUUUAUCUCCUCAAGGUGGAUUUUACCCUAAUGGAAGUGUGUCAAAUGUGGGGUCCCCUCACUACGAGCAGCCACCAUAUUCCCAAAGCACCAGUCCUGCAUGGAAUGGUCAGGUUGCGCAGCAGCAACAGCCACCUUCGCCAGUUUAUGGUUCACAAAGCGGUGGAUCAUUGCCGCCACCCCCAUGGGAAGCUCAACCAACGGAUAGUGGUGGUUCUUUAGCUGGUUCCCAAUAUCCACAACCACUGCAAGUUACUCAAGUGAUCAUGACACACGUACAGAGUUCUGCACAUCCUCAGAGCCCUCAAGCAAUGGGGAAUGACCAGGUUGUUGGAAUUUAUUUGCCACCGAAUGCUAAUGGCCAUAUGCCAGCAAUUAGCCACAUGCCGCCGAAUGCUAAUGGCCAUGUGCCAGCAAUUAACCCCCAUGUUGGUCAAAGCAAUCAGUUUGGUUUUUAUCCGCAACAAAUCCAGGGAGGUGUAAUGCCCUUUAUGGGCAUGGUUCCAAAUCUGCAAGCUAGUCCCCUGGCUUCCAUGUAUCCUCCACAGAUGUAUGGCAACCAAUACGCAGGAUAUGGCUAUGGCCAGCAAGCGGUUCCUUACCUUGAGCAGCAAAUGUAUGGCCUAUGUGUUAGAGAUGAUGGUGGGUUGAGAAAUCCAUCCUACCAGGUUUCUUCUUCAUCUUAUGCACCAUCUGGCAAGCCUUCCAAGCCUGAGGAUAAGUUAUUUGGGGACCUUGUUGACAUGGCAAAGGUGAAGCCAAAGCCCACGCCUGGUCGAGCUGGUAGCAUGUAGAAACUUUGAUUGCUUUUGCAUUUUUCACCGGAUACUUGUUUGUGUCUGCCCAUACCCUUUUUUCUUUCUUUCUUUAUUCUUUUCCCUUGUGUUAUAUAUAUAAGUAUAUAUAUAUAUUUGGUUAUUGUCUCCUAUUAUAUUGCUUGCGUGGCAUUGUGAUCAUGUACAUUCAUUUUAGAGAAAACAGAGAAAAAAUAAAGAGAAGUUAACUACAA